UUUUUUGUUUCGGUAUUUGUGUGUUCAAUUUAACUAGUGCAGAAAUAGUCAGAAAGUUGUCUGCAAACCUUAGAAACUGAUUUCAUAUCGUCUAUUUCAUUCUAUCUUUGUUUUCGUCCGCCAAAAGUAAUCAUCAAUUUACCGCUUCAUAGACAUUUAACAUUUAAUAUUCAUCAUAAAAAUUAUAAUAUCUGCGAUUUGGAAAAAUUCUAUAGAUUUUCAACAUUAAAACAUUUGCCAUAAACAGCGUCAUUCUCCUAAACAGCAUCAUUCUCGGCGGCUGAAAUGGCUGAAAUAAACGAUCGUGAAAUUCAAAUUCCAAUUACAGAGACGGUUGUGGCAGAAGGAAUCGUACCAUACUUCAAAAAAUAUGGUGAAAUUGAAAGUAUGUCGGUCACCAUUCGAUACAAAAGUCCAACAGACAUCACUCCAUUACUGCAAACACCGAAUCAUUUAGCUGGUCGUUAUAUCUUGAGAGUCGAAAAACCAACCGAUUCACCAACAGCCAAUAGCGUUACGACAUCUCAUAUUCUGGACCUCAAGGAAGAGUGUUUGGAGCAUAUUUUGGACAGUUUCAAUAAUCAGGAUUUGUGUAGUGUAACAGAGACAUGCGCACUCUUCCGAAAACUCGGCUCAAAGGUAUUUGCAAAGAAAUACAACGGCGAAUUCCGGAUUGAUUUAAACACAUAUUGCCUAGAUGGAAUGAAACAAAUUCUCCAACUUUUCGGUGGUACACUCAAAAAAUUAACACUUUCAUGGUCAACUGGCGAUAUAACAUAUAAAAUUAAGAAAUUCAUGGGCAUGGCAGCCAUAUACUGUAGAGAUUUGCAAGAAUUAGUUUUAUACUCUUCGUGUAAGUCUCAUGAAAUGGAUACACCAUGUUGGACAGUGAUUAGUCUCACGAUGAAUUUUCCCAAGCUGGCCCAUCUCCAUUUGGAAUGUGAACAUGUAUGUAAUUUAUGUGUCAUUAGCUGCAAUAGAGAUGAAGAUUUUGAUGGUCUAUUGGAAAAUUCAAACAUAUCAAAACUGACUCUUGCGCGUUUCAAUCUAGGUGAAGGGUUCAAUUAUAUCGUCAACAAAUUGCCACAUUUGCAAGCAUUCUACUAUAAAGACUAUUUUGAGACUAGUCCAUACAACAUAACUGGUAUACACGAUUUGGGAAAAUUAAAGGAACUGAGGGAACUUGAGAUUGAUGGCUACAGAAUUCCGGUCGUUAAAUUGAUUGACGGAUUGGCAAAAAGUGGUGCCCCUAUCGAAAGUUUAAAGCUCUUUGGUAAUUUCGAUGACAUUGCAGAUAAAAGUGUCCACAGUAUCUGUAAAUUAAAAGGUAUAAAAGUCUUGAAACUAACUUCAGAGCUUCACGUUUUGAAAAGUAAUCACUUUAUAGAUUUGGCAAAAUCUCUUCCACAUCUCACCGAAUUUGUGAUUACUAUUGAUGCAUUUGAUGAAUCUGAAUCACCCGUUGACUAUGAUAUCACAUUUGUCGCAAUGAUAAAGAUGAUACGUUAUGCCGACCGACUAACAAAGAUAACACUCCGUUAUGGUAAUGAUGUUGAAAUGAGUAAGAAAACACUCACAAUGGCAAAUUACAAUAAAACAUUGAAUUUGCUGAAACUUCGUCAGCAUAAAUUGAAGCUGUUGUUGAUGGUUCCUGACGAUACUGAUUUGAGUCAACUGAAUGAAAAAACGAUUCAAUGCAAUCGUGAAUGGCUGGAAGUUGUGAAGGGUGGUGUCUAAAACCAAAACUCUACACCAACUUUCCGUAUUGUUUGAUAUAGGUCAACAUAUCUUUAUUUUCAAAUAUGAUCUAAUUUAGUUUUCUUUACUCAUUAAUUAAGACUUGCACCAACUUGAUCAAAUUAUAGCGGCCUUAGGGAAAUUCCGAACACAGAUAUUUCUAAAAUGAAUUUUAUUAAAUAAAAGUAAAUAGAAUCCAACAAAGAUCAA